AUGUCUGAGCUUCCACGAGGUACCUCAUUCUAUGGAACAGGAGAAGUUAGUGGGAAACUUGAACGGACAGGAAAGAGAGUUUUUACUUGGAAUACUGAUGCGUAUGGGUAUGGCUCUGGUACUACAUCAUUGUACCAAUCACAUCCUUGGGUGCUAGCUGUUUUUCCACGUGGAGAGGCACUAGGGGUUCUUGCUGAUACAACAAGACGAUGUGAGAUUGACUUGCGGGAAGAAUCAACUAUAAAGUUUGUUGCUUCUCAAUCAUACCCUGUCAUCACAUUUGGUCCAUUUCAAUCGCCAACUGAUGUUUUGGUAUCUUUAUCUCGUGCAGUUGAUCUAUGGGAGGAUAAAGUUAAAAUCUUUGGGAGUGUGACUUUGGGAGGACCCAUCAUCUGUCAAACUGCCCUUCGUCUUCGCCCUCAGGUUGACAUGUAG